AUGGUGGUGGCUGUCCUGUUGGGGCUGGGCUGGCUUUGCGCUCCCCUGGGGGCCCUGGUUCUGGACUUCAACAACAUCAAGGGCUCUGCGGACGUGCAAGGAGCUCGGAAGGGUUCACAGUGUGUGUCUGACAAGGACUGCAACACCAGAAAAUUCUGCCUCAAGCCUGAAGAUGAGAAGCCAUUCUGUGCUACCUGUCGAGGGUUACGAAGGAGAUGCCAGCGGAAUGCCAUGUGCUGCCCAGGAACACUGUGCAUCAAUGAUUUUUGUACCAUGAUGGAAGAUGCAACCCCAAUAUUGGAAAGGCAUGUCGAUGACCAAGAUGGCAUAGAUACAAAAGGAACAAGUGAGCACCCAAUUCAGGAAAACAAGCCCAAGAGGAAGCCAAGUAUAAAGAAAUUACAAGGCGGGAAGGGACAAGAGGGAGAAAGCUGUCUUAGAUCUUUUGACUGUGGACCUGGACUUUGCUGUGCUCGUCAUUUUUGGACUAAAAUGUGUAAACCAGUCUUAUUGGAGGGACAGGUCUGCUCCAGGAGAGGACAAAAAGAUACCGCUCAAGCUCCAGAAAUCUUCCAGCGUUGUGACUGUGGCCCUGGACUGUUAUGUCGAAAUCAAGUGUCUGGCAAUCGGCAACAUGCACGGUUAAGAGUAUGCCAAAAAAUCUAAAAAGAUGUAAAUACUU